AUGGAGUCCAUCGCGCGGAUAUCCAGUCUGCUUGAGAGCGCCCGAGAGCUUACCCUUGAUGCCGCCUCGGCGACGCGCAGCUCCCGCAGCACCGGUCGCCCUCUCGAUCGUACGCAGAUUAAAAAGCUGUUGGACAGUCGAAACGACCGCGAGGUGCUCGACGGUCUUCGCCGCGUCCUCUCGAUGAUGUAUCGCGGCCAGAAGACGCUGCCCUUCUUCUCCUCGGUCGUCAAGAAUGUCGCAUCGCCCAAUAUCGAGAUCAAGAAGCUUGUCUACAUCUACCUCAUCCACCAUGCCGAGCAGGAGCCCGACCUCGCCCUCCUCUCUAUCAACACCAUCCAGAAAUCCCUCUCCGACACAAACCCCCAAGUGCGCGCCCUUGCCCUCAAGACCAUGUCCGGUAUCCGGGUCCCCGUCAUCAGCCAGAUUGUGUCUCUCGCGAUCAAGAAGGGCGUCGCCGACAUGAGUCCCUAUGUGCGACGAGCGGCCGCCCUCUCCAUCCCCAAGUGCUACCGCCUCGACCCGACACAGCUGCCCCAACUCCUCGAAUACCUGACCGCUCUCCUCGGCGACAAGCAGUACUUCGUCGCCGGUGCCGCGGUAUCGGCCUUCCUCGAGGUGUGUCCCGAUCGCAUCGACUUGAUACACCCGCAGUACCGCGCUUUGGUCAAGAAGGUUGUCGACAUGGACGAGUGGAGUCAGUUGGCGACGCUGCGCAUGAUGACAUACUAUGCGAGGAAAUGCUUCCCGAGACGGACGCGCAGUGUCAAGAGUCACGAAAAGACAGCCGAUCUGGGGGGCUUUUACGGUGACACUCAACAGGAAACAGGUGAGGAGCAGCAGGUGGUCGUCGUGGACCCGGACCUGGCUCUGCUGCUGAACGGUAUCAAGCCGCUCCUUCAGAGCCGCAACUCGGCUGUCGUUAUCGCCGUCACAAGGUGCUACGUCGACAUCGGCACGCCCGAGUACGUCAAGACUGCCAUCGGCCCUCUCGUCGCACUACUCAGAGGGCCUCAAGACAUCCAGCAGGUUGCGCUCUACAACAUCGUCUCCGUUUGCCUGACGAGGCCGGGCGACUUUGCCAAGUACGCCAGCCACUUUCUCGUCAGAGCCACGGACCCUGCACAAGUAUGGGAGCUGAAGUUGGAGAUCCUCACGCUCAUCUUCCCCCACGCUCCGCCUUACGUCAAGAGCCUCAUUUUGAACGAGCUCGAGCACUUUUCUGGCUCAACCAACAAGGCGCUCGUCAGGGAAGCAGUGCGCGCCAUCGGACGAUGCGCCCAGACAGACUCGUCAACAGCCCCGAGGUGUCUGCGGCUGCUCCUGGGACAAAUCACGAGUCUGGACGGAACGUUGGCGGCCGAGUCACUGACGGUCAUCCGACAUCUGAUCCAGCAAGACCCCCAGGGACACGUCGCGACAGUCGUCAGGCUCGCCAAAAACCUCGACUCAGCAACCGACCCGCAUGCGAGGGCAACCAUCAUCUGGCUGGUGGGCGAGUUUUCAGGCCUCGAAGGCGAGGACAACAUCGCAGCGGAUGUGCUGCGAAUCCUUCUCAAGGACUUUGUGAACGAAGCAGAGGUGGCCAAGGGGCAGAUCCUCCUCCUCGCCGCCAAGGUCUACCUUCACCAUGUGAACCGUCAGAGCGAAAAUAAGGGCGAAGACGAAGCGGCGGUACCCAGUCAGGACGAUCACCCCGUCGCGAGGCUCUGGGAUUAUGCCUUGUUGCUGGUCCGCUACGACACGUCGUACGACCUGCGCGACCGAGCACGAAUGUACCGAGCUCUCCUUUCUGUGCCCCAGCUGGCGACGUUGAUGUUGCUGGCACCGAAGCCAGCACCCCAGGCUCCCAGCCCAUCCGAGACUCGCAAGGGCUUCAUGCUCGGCUCUUCGACCCUCGUGUUGGCAGGCGGAGGUGGCGUUCACGGCCUGCGCGGCUACGAGGGUCUUCCUAACUGGGUAGCGGAGGGAUCAGAGCCGGAUCCGCGGCUGCGAGAAACGGAGACGCCCUCGGCCUACGGAGAAGAGAAGAGCGUGCCGGCCAGUCAAAUGCUCGACAGCGCCGUCAGAGCCGGGCCGACAAAGACCAACGGCCUCGGAGCUGUUGUUGGUGCCGGUGCGGGAGCCGGCGUUGGUGUCAAGACGCUCGACGACUGGCUUGCAGAGGAAGAAAAAGAGGAGCAGCAAGAGGCGUUCAAGAUGGACGAUGACGACGACGACGACGACGAAGAAGAGUCCGAGGAGGAAGAGACGGACGAUGAGGAUGACGACGAGGAUGAGGAUGAUGAGGAAGACGAAGAAGAAGCCGAGGAAGAAGAGAGCAGCGACGAUGAUACCAACUAG